AGUUGAUUUACUGGGUCUCCCGAGCAGUGAAGGAAUAGGAACUCAAUUAAUUGAGUGGCGUCGUCUGGUUUUGCUCUGUCAUAGUUACAAUCUGGGUGCUAGUUGAUAGUUGCAUUUUGUAGGUUGGAAAUGAAAGUGAGGGUUGUUUGCAGGAAAAUUUACGACUAUAUACGCUAUGAUCUCAAAGAAAUCGCUUUCCCCUCUUCUUUGCCAGACCCUCCUCACAUCAAAAAGCGUCGCAAAUUGACCUGGGACCAGCGUAUCUGGGUUUUGAAGAGAGCUGCCCGGCUUUAUGCUGCAAGCUGGGUUCGUGACAUUGGUCCUGACCUUCGGCCUGAUGAUUAUAAGAAGGAUGGUGACAUGACUGAUGAAACAAAUGGUGAAAAGAAAACAACUAUAGGAAAAGAACCCUCAACACUGGAGGACCUUGCUGUAGCUGCAAGAGGGGGAAUGGAGACUCUCAGACCAGCUUUGCAGCGUGUGUACAUGACCAGAGCAUCUGCAUACAGAGAUGCUCUUAAAAGUUUCAUAGAAGGGUACCAAGAGGGUGUUCAGCAAGUAAUGGAGAAGAAGGAAGAUUCCAAACCUCAAGAAGAUGCUGAUUUACCCAAAAAAUCAACUUGAACUUGCUUGUAGGAGGCAGGGUGUAAUUUUUUCUCUUGCAGACCUUUAGUUUUUUUUUUUUUUUAAAAAUAUAGACAGUCCUCUUGAUUAAAGGGUUUUAAUGUACAUUGCACCGAACAGAUAUAAUCAAAUAUUCCAAAAUGGGUGUAUUUUGGAUACUAAACUUCCAGUGGUAGUCAUGAAUUUUGUUUUUGCAAAUUCGUUUUCAAGUUUUCAAUUUUGUGUGCUUAUUUGUGAUAUUAAAGAUCUGUUUGUUCUGCA